UACGACUACGGCACUAAAGCAGAUUUAGUCGGUACUCGAACGGGAUUUGGUGGUCCAUCUUGGAUGUCGGAUGAGGAACAGUUUAGUGCGACAAGGUGUUAAGAGCUGUCUCAAUCGAGACAGCCAUCUCAUUAUUACCGAUUUGAGACAAAAGAAAAAGUGUCUGUGAGUAACUGACAAUUAAUACCGGAAAAAUGAGCGGCUCAGUGAGGCUGAGGCCUUGUCUGAUUCUGGGCCUCAUUAUUGUUUCUCUGACCAUGGCCUUGCAGGUUGUGCAAGGUGAUGAUCAAGUGGAUCAGGUGCCAUCUGAAGUCCAAUGCCGACCGUACAUCGAAAAAGCCUUAAAGGAUCGUCAAACGGGUUCAAUCGACGAAGCAAGUCAAGAAGAUGAAGGCGGAGAAGGAGAAGACGAACCGAUACCAGCCUCGACAGAGUCGCAAGAGGAUGACAGCAAUACCAACGACCAACCCGAAGAAAACGAUGACGAUGGAAAAGCGACAUUAGAAACUGUAGAGGUAGAAGACGAAAAAGAAUCGGGCGAGGAAACUGCUGAAGAACCAGAAAGAGAGGAAUCUGUGGAGGAAGAAUCUGUGGCAACUUCUAAGGCGGACGAUGAAAGUUCUAAAGACGUAGAAAAAUCCGAGGAGGGAGACGACGCCCAGAAUGACACCCAGGAAGAGCAGGAGGAGACUUCCAAAGAGGCUUCCGAAGAACAGGUCCGGGUCUCUGGUGAAGACGGAGACGAGGGGCAAAAAGGUGAUGACGAAGAAAUAUCUGAGGAGAAAGCUGAAGAAGCUAAUUCUGUGUCCGAGGAGGUAGUGGACGUGGAAAAGACAGCGGAGGAGGUUGAGGGAGAUUCGAGCGAAACGAAGGAGGAAAAAAAAGACAGAGAGUCAGAGGAAAAGCAGGAGGAGGUGAGUGAGGAGAAAAAUGAAACAGCUGAGGAAGCCGAGAACUCCACCGAUGGAGUCGUCGAUACAAAGGAGGAUGACGAGGUAGAUACACAGGAGGAGGUAGAUACCAAAGAAGAAGAAGAAGCAGAAGAUGCUCAAAAGGACUCCAGGGAGGACAGUGGCGAGACUCCCCAGGUGGAGGCAGCACAAGAAGUUGAUGGAAGUGACGAGCAGGAGAGAGUAGAGAGGGACACUGAAGACGAAGUUGGAGGUGACGAAACAGGGGAACAGGUUGAGAGUGCAGAGGAGGUGGAAGAGGAUGAGGGAAAGUCGCCAGAAGAUGAUCAAGAAGGAGCAGAAGACGAAGAGUCUGCCGAGUCAACGCCUGAGGAAGAAUUGAUUCAAGAGAUUGAAAUUCCGGAGAACCUUCGACCCAGAGAACACCUUAAUCAGAUCCUUAGAUUGGAUCAGGAUAACGAAAUCAAGGAAGCAGCAAUUGAAAAAGCCUCCGAUGUAAUUCUGAAAGAAUUAAAAAGGCUCUAUGACACUGCUAUUAAACCUCUGGAGACUCUGUACAAGUACAGAGAUCUUAGUAACAGACACUUUGGAGAUCCUGAAAUUUUCUCGAAACCCCUGGUGCUUUUUAUGGGGCCAUGGAGUGGUGGAAAAUCGUCCAUAAUAAAUUACCUUCUGGACACAGAAUAUGAACCAACCGCACUCAGAACUGGAGCGGAACCGUCGCCUGCGUACUUUAAUAUUGUAAUGCACGGGGAAGAGGAGGAAGUGCUAGAUGGUACACAAUUGGCAGCUGAUUGGACGUUUUCGGGACUUCAAAAGUUUGGACAGGGUAUGCUCGAUCGUCUUCGAGGUUUGAAGCUCCCGCAUAGACUUCUCGAGAAGGUGAAUAUCGUUGAGAUUCCAGGAAUUCUCGAAAUUCGAAAACAAGUUCAACGUUUAUUUCCCUUUAACGACGCCUGUCAGUGGUUCAUUGACAGAGCUGACAUAAUAUUCCUGGUUUAUGAUCCAUCGAAAUUGGACGUGGGUCCAGAAACCGAAGCAAUUCUCGAUCAGCUCAAGGGCCGGGAGUACCAGACAAGAAUAAUUUUGAACAAAGCCGACCAAGUGAAACCAGAAGAACUCAUGAGAGUUCAAGGAGCACUCAUCUGGAACAUAUCACCAUUGAUGUCAAGUGCUGAGCCACCAAUCAUGUAUUCAACGUCAUUGUGGUCGUUACCUUAUGAAGCUGGGGCACCAACGCGCCUUUUGUAUGCACAGGAGAGGGCUUUUCUCAGAGAUUUACGUUCAGCUAUUGAUAAAAGAGUUGAACAUAAAAUUGCCAGCGCAAGAAGAUUUGCCGUACGUGUUCGGAACCACGCAAAAAUGGUGGAUUGCUAUUUAACAACUUACUACAACCACAAGACGUUCUUCGGUAACAAGAAAGAAAUAAGCGACCGAAUAAUCGAAAACCCUCAGGACUAUCACAUCUACGAGGGCCUCAGUACAUUAACAAACAUCUCACGUUACGAUUUACCCGACCCAGACGUCUACAGGGAUUUCUUCCGUCUGAAUUCUCUCUACGAUUUUCCACCUCUGAGUUCCACAUGCACGUACUUCCGUGGCUGUCCAAUCAACAGACUGGACGUGGCUAUUGCCUACGAUUUACCAGAACUCGUUGGCAAGUACAAGAAACUCGUCGAGUCAACAAUAAACUCAGAAGAUACAUCCAAUCAACCCCCAACAAGUUGAGAAUAAAGUUAAAAGUAACGAAGAAAAGAAUAACAAAACCAAUACGAAAAAAAAAAACAUUUGAAAAAAUAAACAAAAUUCUUUUCUAAUUUUCAUUACUUAAAAAAUUACAAAUCUAUUCUGUCGCAGUCACUUUAUCUGCAUCUGAAUUCCACCGAUACAAUGCUCUCAUCCAUUACUUCAUGUCUUGGCUGCGGGCAGCGUAAGACGAAGAAUAAUCAUGUCAAAUAAAAAACAAAAAUUUUUGACAAUCGACAUCAAAUUUUUGAUUCUACGUUUAAUUAGAGUCCAUCGCCACUGAAGAAUGGCACUUUUAUGUAACCAAAAACCGUAAUUAUUGUGUUGAUAUGAUGACAAAAGAAACGAACAGUGAAAAUAUUAAUACAAAAAAUUCAAUUUCCGUUAUUAUUUAUUUGUCGAAGAAAUGCGUCACCGUUAUUUAUAUGCAUUUUUUUUCUAGCAUAUAUGUAAAACUAUUUAUUUAGCAACAACACUAAGAAGACAAUCAGGAAUUACGAAAUUUUGUGUGUUGAAUAAUCGAUUCACAAAACAAAAUUGUAUAUCAUAUGUUAAUGCACAUUCGAGCUGUUUAAAAAUUUGUUUAAUUCACUGGUGGAAUGGUAAAACACAAAAGUCCAGUGCCAAAUACAAAGAUAAUGAGUAAUUUAGCAAGAAAAAUAAAUUAAGGGAUCUCUUUCGAGGGGAGAAGGUGCUGAAGAUUGGAGGUUUUCGAUGACUGAAAUUACUUACGAGUCAAAGGACUUUUGAUGCGUGAUAGAAUGUCCACAAAAAGUAAAAUCUUUCUUUCUGAAGACGUGUGUACAUUUGUGAAAUGUCAAAAAAUAAAUCCAAAUUGGCUGAAUGCCCUCAGACGAUGGGCAGUUGCACAUUCUUGCGAGAACUUGCAAUAAAUUUCGUUAAAAAUUCGUAAAUAAUAAACCCAAAUAAAAUUUCUUUCAAUAUUGACAUAUUGAAUAAGUCGUUAUUUAUGCAUAUUAUCUUUGGUGAUAAUGUAAUAAUUCAGUUUUAUUUAGAAGAAGUUAACGAACCCGUUAUUUCUCUUUUUCGAUUUGAUAGGAUACGUGAAAAUGAACUCUUUGAAUUGUUUUACAAUAAAAAUUACACUUUGUAACGUUUACAAAGCAAGAUGCAGCUAACGGUGAAGUCAAUUCAAAAUUUCGAAGUGAAAAUAUAUCACUACUGUUCCGAACGCUAUAUCAUACCGAGAAAUAUCUCAAGAAGAUCUUAGCUUACGCGUAAAACAACUUGAAACAAUUUUUUUCAAUAUUACAAUUAAAAAAUAUAUAAUCGAAUAUUCAAAAAUAUUCAAUAUAUAUAUUUAAAAUAUGUAAUAUAUAAUAAUUACAAUUUUUAUUUUAUACAUUUUAUAUUUCUAAAUAUAAAGAAUAAGUCUUUUGUCUUCAUAAGCUAAGAUUAGCUUGGAAUAUUUUUGAAAGGAUAAGAAUAUUAUUUUUGAACUCCUCAUACUUUCAAAUCGAACAAAAAAAAAAUAAAAACAUUAAAUUUUACUCUCACGUCGAAAACACAAUAGAGUAAAUAUUUUAAGAACACGUUUAUCAGUUCUUUGGAUGUUCCAUCACGUACGAAAAAUAUUUUGAUAAGACGUUUGUCAUUUUAGACAGUGAAAGCUUUCAAAAUUCAGUGCUGCCCCGACCUUAAGAGAAUAUUUUCCAUUCUCAAACAGAUCUCCCACUAUCGCUCAUUAUCAAACUGAUAACAUAAUCAAUAAAAAUCUCAUACUAGACGAAUUACAUUUCACCACUCACUACAGAAUUAAUUUCACCUUUAAUUAAAUUAAAACUUUACUUUAAUCUCUAGACUUAAGUAGAAAUACUGUUGUAUGUACCUCCGUUUUUAAAUAAGAAUCGUGUGCCACGGAUUUUGCUUGAAAUUUUCUCCUCGUGUUUAAUAUAAUGAAAAUGAUGUUGUGUAUAUUUAAAAGAAAAUGAUGAAUAGAUUUAGGAGUAAAAAAUAAAUGUACUCACGUUGGGUGUAACCUCACGAA